GUUGGCAGCAGGUGUCACAGGAAGUGUGUGCAAGGGAAUAAGAAGAAGCUAACGGAAUUUAAUUGCAAAAAGCCGCUCAAUAUUUCCGACGAAGGAAAACUAGCAUAUAAUAGCUAAAAUGAGUGCUGCUGUGCCCAACCAUCGGAGGACCAAGCCUGGUGGCAUCAAACAGGGGGUUGUGAUCACAGGUGCGUCUGGACCAACCUCCCAGAUCCCUGGUCUGUCCCAGAGCGCGGAUGAAACUAGCCCAGAGGAGAGGACCAGUGGACGGAGAGUGGGGAUAUUUGAGUCUGACUCUGAUUAUGUCAAGCUGGCAAAGGGCGGUGGACACAAAGGGCUGCUGAGUCAUGAUGGUGAUUCCGAGGACAAACCCAAGAAGGCCUACAGUCCUACCAACUGGUUCGGAGGCGAUGAAUCCAAGAGCGGAAGCAAAGCAACGUCUCCUGACAGCCAGAUGAAGGCGGGCAUGCAGCCUCUGGCUGCACCGUUUGGCACUGAUAACGGUUCAACCUGGGAGACUGAUAGAUUUUCCCCUGGUAAAGAUAAGAUGUCUCCUGAUGGCGUCACCGAUCAGCUGGAGGGUCUGACUGUGGCCAACAAAUACAAGCGAACGUGUUAUGAUAAGAAGGCUCCCCCCGUCAGCAUGUCCAUGCUGCUGAGUCAUGGCUACGUUGAGGACAAGAAGAAUUCUCCCAACGAUGACGAUACCUCAAGUGUGACCUCCGAACAGACGAGCACCAUCAUGACGGAGGACGUGGACGACCUGGAUUAGAGCUUGCAGGUUCUCGUCUGGAGGGAAAGGGAGUCCACCUAACACUGGUUCAUGAUUUCACAGAUCCAUGAACACGCCACUUCUCCCUUCUCCAAGUUCACUCUCAUUAAUUGUACAUCCACUGACUGUUAGUUUUGUACUUAUGUUUAUGCAAAGGUACUGUCCUCUCUAUUUAUUUGCUCUGAUUUGUAAAGAGAAUUCACACACAGAUUUUGUUCCAUAGAUGUGUCGGUGCUCGGUGUAUUUUUUAAUUCUCGAUUUCUCGAUUUGAAAGACGAGUUGUGCACAGGGCAGAAAACUAACGCUUCAGAUCUACAGAAGCAGGUUUUGUGUGAUUAUUCCACUUGAAUGACGCUCCUAAACCUGGCUGGAGUCUGGUGUUAGUUUCCCUCCCUGGUUGUAUGAAGAUCGAGUUUGUGAGUUUUCAAAGUAUUUGUGCUAAUGAAAUGUGGUUCCAGUGACGUGAAGUAUUAUUUGUUUUGAUCCAGGGCUCUUGCUCUGUGAAGGGGACGUCGGAGGUUUGUGUGUUCUCGGCUGCGGGGGUUUGAAUGAUCAUUCGUACAGACAGCGACCCUGCAGCCGUGACCGCCUGCCAAGGUGCAUACUGAUGGCCGCAGACGGCAUGGUUUAGUUUGGUUUAAGGGGCCAAAACUGAUUUUUCAGGUUGCUGCUUUGCAAAAGGUUGCACUUCUUUAAUUCUCCCUCGAUAAUCCGGUUGUGUUUGAGUCUUUAAAAUCGAGAAACGUGAAUAUUUAUGACAGCUUUUGUUCAAAGCACCAGAAAAAAAAGCCUAAUUUCAACAAAAAAAAUGUCUCAAGGUGCUGCAAAUUUCUCUGAACUUUUUUUUUAAAUGAGGAAUCUCAUCAGUAAACAGAUACCAAAUGUUUGAUGCAAGUCCAAAUUUGUCUGAAUCUUGGGAAUAAGUAGACUAAAUGUGGGUGUAUUCUGCAUGUUUAAAUCUAAAUUUUUGUGUUAUUGCAGCCUGAUAGCACAGCACUGAUGCAACGACAGAUGAAAUUAAGGAAUGGGGGGGGGAAAGAACCACCUUUUGCAGAGCCACAGGCUGAAAAGCACGUCUGAUAUCGUUCCACAGUCGACUUUUAACAAUGCGAGUUCUGAACAUGCCAACCAAGCAGUGUGUCCCUGCUCAUGCAGUGUUUUUGACUUCGUAGACAUCAGUAGGAGAACGUAGUGUUAGUGCACAGCCUGCACACGCCACAACAAACGUCCAUCUCAUGACAUUUUUUUUUUCUUUUAACUGGUUAGGAGUUUAUUCUCCUCUGAUGAGAGAGACGUUUCUGCAGCAUCACUUUUGAAGAGGAUACUUUGGUCCAGUGGUUCAGAAGAUGAGGAUAACAUUUCCAGAUUUAAGAUUGGCAACAUAUUCUAGUCUUAUGUUUCUACUUAAACUGCCAAAAAUGCACAGAAAAGUAAAGCUAAACAUUAAUAUCCACAAUAUCAUCAUGAAACAGAAAUAUUCUGUAUAUUCUAUAUAGUGCUUCCAAUAAUGAGCAGCUACCAUUUGAACAACCCCUGCAGUUUCACUUUGACACCUCGGAGACCUCUUCAGAGGACGCCUGCAGGUCUGAAAAGUCUUCAAUGUCAUAGAUAUGUUAUGAUAUUUAUCGUUAGAGGUCAUUUUAGUUUUAUCACUGAUUGGAAGCACUGAGAAAUUCCCCUCUGACAUUCCUUAUUCCUUCGUUAUUUAUGUUGUGUUAUUGUAAAAAAUGGUAUUCAUGUGAUACUAAUGAGCCCAUAAAAAGGUGAACCUGCAGGACCUCACUGACCAAAUGAUGGCUUUUGAAAUGUUUCAAAGUCACUUGACAAUUAAAAAUGUCUAAAAUGAUAAUUGGAGAAAAUGUGGCUUCUGUCUUUGUCUUCGAUGCUGAAGUGAAGCGCUGAGUUUUUACUCUUUCGGACAUUUUAAACAAGAAGGUAGAGGGUUUAAUAUUUUCAUGGUUGAAUGGAGGACAUAGGAAACAGAUGAACUGGUCAGACUGGUGAGUGUGGAAGCCAGAUUUUAACACUUUCUUAGUUUGCUCUGUGAAUUUUAACACUUACUCAAGUUUAGUUUGGAUCUUGGCUCGAGAAGUUGGCCUUGCUACUCCAGAACUCUUUGAGACCUACUUCGAGUCUCCCUUCUUUUCCUCCUUUUCUAGCAUGUGUGGCUGCAGAAUAAAUGAGCCUGUCAGGAUAUCUCAAAAAAAGGUAAUGGAUUCUUUUGGCAUUUGACGGACAGCUCAGCCCUGACUCAUUUUAACGCUUAUUAUUUCCGAGGCGUAACUGUGAACCUGAAGGUGACAGUGAAAUCCUAAUCCUACGGGGACAUUUGUCAGGUGGAGAAAAUGCUCUUAGAAUGAAAAAGGAUGCUGAUGAUUUAUUUGGGUAUAACAGCCAGAUUACAGCUCUGAAUUUGUCCCAGUAAAUCCUGAAAAAUUCAUCACCUUCACUUUGGAAAUGAUGCUGCAGAAAGCGACUCUUCCUUCAGGAGACGAGUCGUUUAACUUUACAGCGUUAGAGUUGUCACUGUUUUGCCAACAAGAUCUAUUUAAUGCUAUUUUAUCGUCAUCAUGUGCUAUUUAAAGUGUUCAAGACACUCACAGGUGUUUAGUGACACUGGAUUUUAUUUUGCAGAACAAGAAACUGCAAAUGUAUCGUCAUUUUCAAUAAGGGGUUUCUUUUCAUGAGCUGUUAAAUAUUCAGAGACAGUAUUUACAGUUAAAAAAGGUGUUUUUGUCAAGUGUCUCCAAGUGAGUUUGUGUUCUAUAAGUUAUUGAACAAAUAGUGGAAACUCUUUCAAAGUCCUGCCUUUUAUGCUUUCUUCAUCUGAAAGUGGGUUAAAAUGAAGAAUAAAUGUGCUGGAGGUGAGUGUUUGUAGUGACACAGCUCAGUGUAAGACCUCGCUUAUCUUGAUGACUGCACACUCUUAAUUAUCAUUUCAAUAAAUGGGCAUGUGCAUGUAACCCUG